AUGGUGCAGAAAGCCGUCAAUUCCCGCAUCGGACGCGCCGACAACGAACGCUUCCUCGAGCAGUUCCGCUACCUCAUCGUCGCUUCCCAGCUGCUCGGGGAACAGGGAGGCCUGCGCGCAUCCGCCAUUCCCAGCUUCGCGACGGACGGACGCCUCGCCUCUCACGAAUUCAAGGUCGCCAGGAUAAGCCCCAUCGGCGCCGCCGUCACGGGUACAACUGCCUUCGCACUGGCAUGGCUGGUGCACUGGUCGCGACGCCAGCCUGUCUUUAGCAAGAGCAGAACCCUGCUGGUGGUUCUGGUAUUCGCUGCUGUCGCUACAGCCGGUUAUACCUACAUGCGACGACAGUGGCUGCAAUACCUAAGACAAGAGGCAGUAAAGGGCGCGUCUGAUUUGGUUGCAAACCUGCAAGCGUUCGAAGCCUCAACGUCAUCUGCGCUCGCAUUAAUCCAAGAAGUGGAACUCGUUUCACGUGGCUAUCGCUUGAGCAGCCCCUUGCCUCCCAUAUCACGUAUCGAAGAGAAGGGACAGGUUCGCCGUUGUCAGAGACUACGAAAGAACCUCCGAGCUGCAUACGCCGACGUCGUCCCCAUCCUUGCCGAACAAUGCCGUAACCUGAGCCAGCUAAUUCAAGAGGACGACUUGGAAAAGUAUCUAGACGUUUACGAGAUCAGCAAUCCGGACAUGCAGGAAGCAGCCUUGGGCUACAGCGACUCUGAAUUCGAUGACGCCGAAACAUUGAAAGCGCUACGGAUUCUGCAGUAUCGCUUGUCAACUCUACGACGUGUUUACCUCUGUUCUCUCCUGGCAAUGGAGGCAGACGGCGGCAAACCCGAUUUCGCGCGAUGGUCGACAGUGGUCGAUUCAAUGCUAAAUACGGCCCGGCCUGUUGGAGAAUGGAGCGAGAAAUUCAACCGCGUGCUCGCUGAAGAAGAGCAGUUCAUACUCCCGUCGCCAGCCAAGGUAGCACCGACCCCUGGUCGGGAGAAGAUCCGCAAUUCCGUGCGCAAAUUGUCGGGGUUGUCAAGUGGAAUCCGAGGCCUGCAAGCCAAGAUGCAAGUACUCCGCGAGGAGACUAGUAAAAGCUUAGAAGAUACCGAAGACGUGACUGACCUGGGCCACUCCCUCCUUGCCCAGUACGACUCGAUCGGUGCCGAUCUAAAGAGUUUGGUACAAGCUUGGGAAGCAGGCAAAAAUGCGCUCGCCCUGAAUAUCGAUCGGCACGAGCGCAGGAUCUCACAAGCAUCGAGUGGGUUGCGCUCGCCUGUUCCAAGCCUAGGCGGUCUGACUGCGGUCGAUGAAGGCAGUCCGUCUGAUGCACUGCGUGCUCUUAAUGGCGAAUUGCUGAGUCCUCAUCAGAGUGCUCCGUCGAGCGAUCAAGGCAGCACAUCCGACGACGAAGUGUUCGAAGCUAUUGCCAUUCCGAAGACCAGAGCCACCAUGUCGAGAGAAGAGCGUAUGCAGAAGAUCCAAGACGACCGCCUUCGGCAAGCUUCGUUACGUGAGCAGCGGGAUGCGAGCACCAACAUGCUGAGAGAGUUGGAGUCAGUUAUCAAUUUGAGGCCACACCGAGUCUCAGCGCCUCCGGCCGGCGCACGAGUUACAAGCCUUUAA